UGUUAGUCCUACUUCAUGCCGCUAGAGCGCGCGGGCUGUCCUUCAAGCGAUAACUCGCUGCGUGCGAUAGCUCGAAGAUCGAAAGCACGCCUGCUUCAAAACAAAGAUGGAGUCCGCGUAGACAACCCGCGAAUACGAGUCUGCGCUCAUCCGGUGGAAUCAUGUCUUCAUUAGAUGAUAGUCUACUCAGUAUGGAGAAGUUGGAUCGAACGUCUCCUGAACUCUGGCCUGAACAAAUCCCUGGAAUGCUUGAUUUUGCAUCAUAUGCAUCAUCGUCUAAUGGCACCAAAGAUCCCUGGGCUGGUGAAUUUACAAGUGAAGACAUGACACUAAUGAAUCAAUUCAGCAAUUUGUCAAUGCCAGCCCUCAUUUCUGAGGUAAAGAGACUUCAUGAUUUAGCUUAUCAAUUGGGCUUGGAAGAAGCAAAGGAAAUGACCAGAGGAAAGUACCUCAACAUUCUGUCCAAAAGGCGACGAUAGUUUUAAUUUUCUUCAGUCAUGUUGUUUUUAUUUCUACCAUUUCCACUUUUUGAAAUGAUAUGUUUGGAUAAUGUACAAAUGGAUUUUAUUUUAUGUUUGACAGUAAAAAUUAUACCUUAUCUCAUGUCAGAAAAUAUAAGAGUAAAACUUUUA